CCGUUGUCGCUCGUACUUCAUGCUGCUGCGUGGCGUUCACGGACGGUUGUGCAAACCUCUUGCACAUGCCCGAGCUUUGGGGGUGGUUCGGCUAGGCCCGAACUUGGAAGCAUGUGCUUUUGGCACGGACACACGGCAGCAAGAACCCAAGAGGCGUACGGUGGUAGCAGAGGCCGGGCAUCUCAUGAAGUUGUACUCCCAGUUGUCCAAGCACCGUUUGAGCGCGUUGGUUAUGUCGACAACGUCCGCCGGUUACCUGGCGGCUGGAGGACCGGUCGAUGCCCUUGCGCUCACGAGUGCUUGUGUCGGCACGAUGCUCGCGUCGAGCUCGGCCAACACGUUCAACCAAGUCAUCGAGACUGCGAAUGAUGCCCGAAUGCAUCGGACACGGGCCCGUCCGCUCCCUUCCGGGAGGAUUUCGCGCCAGCACGCGCUAGGGUGGGGAGUAGCGUCAGGUACUGCUGGCAUCACUGUUCUCGCGGCGGGCUCCAACCCACUUACGGCUACCCUUGGUGCAGCCAACCUGCUCUUGUAUGUCGGGCCGUACACGCUGUCGAAGACGAGGUCGGAGAUCAACACAUGGGUAGGCUCGGUUGUUGGCGCCGUGCCGCCUUUGAUGGGGUGGGCAGCCGCCACAGGCGAAUUGGUCGCCGUGGAGCCGCUGUUGUUGGCCACGUACCUUUUCAUGUGGCAAUUUCCGCACUUCUUCUCUCUUGCCUGGCUUCACCGUGAGGACUACGCCAGAGGGGGCUUCGCGAUGGUCCCAUGCGCCGAUCCAACAGGGAGUAGAACAGCAAGCCUCGUGACACGGUACUCUUGGUACCUUGUGCCCAUUCCGUUAGCAGCAGCCGCUCUGGAUGCUACGAGCUGGAUGUUCGCGGUAGAGGGCACAGCUUUCAAUGCGUACCUCCUCUACCACGCCUACCGAUUUGAUGGGGACAAAUCCAAUGCAAACGCCAGAGGAGUCUUCAAGGCGUCGCUGUGGCAUCUGCCAGCUGUCCUGGCAUUGUUCGUGUUCCACUCGCGUCGUUGGGAGCUGGAGGACAAAGCGGAGGACGAGCAGCUAGGCACACUCAUCCAAAGAAUAAGGGCGCGCCUCACGAAACUAUGCCUGCACGAAAUCGUGCAAAAGGAUGAGGCAGCGUCCUUUUGCCCAGUGGUAGUCGUAGAAGAAGUCGGGGCGGAGGCUCAGAACAUCGCGACGACGGCAGCUCACAAGGAGGAGAGUCUGCAGGCACGGAGUGAUAUCGGUAGCUAGGCAGAUAGCCCAGGCACAUCAUGAAUAGAACGCUUUCGCGAUUGUGAUAUUGCUUUCCCCCAAGAGCGAGCGGUUACGACCCUGGAAUCAAUACCCGCUUCCGGGCUAGCUGCUGUAGCACGACGUGCUCGAACGACGUGUGUUCAACUUCUACUCAGCGCACCGGCAUAAAAACGCGUAGCUUCAUAGCCAACAACGUAAGCCUCGCACGCUGUGCGUAAA